CGGCGUAGCGGCUCUCGCGAGAGCGGGCGGGGCGGCUCGGCCCCCGCGUGCGCGGGCGCAGGAUGGUGCUGCGGCGGGUGCUGGUCGCGCUCCUCAGCGACCCGCGCCUCAUCGAGAAGCUGUCCGAGUCGCGGCCCAUCCGCGCCGCCGCCCGCCUCACCGCCGCCGCCAUCACCCGCGGGCAGCUCGGAGCGCGCCAGGCGGCGCGGGGCCUGGGCCCCCGCCUGAUCCGCCUGCGCGACGUCUUCCUCAGGGAGCUCAAGGACGGCGCCCGGGCGCGGGGCUGGCCGUGGCCCCCCGGCCGCGGGCCGGGCCGAGGCGGCCGCCCCGGAGCAGCGCCCUGACCGCCGCGCCGAGCGGGAGGCAGCUGCGGGGCCGCAGCCGGCGCAGGAUCCCGCCAGGGAGGAGGAGGAGGGGACCGCGGAGACCACGACCGCUUCUCCGCGCCAAGCGCAGGAGGACGAGCGCGUCGGAGCCGGCGGGUGAACGGGCUCCUGCCGACAGCCGGGCCCCCUCGGCCUCUCCUGAACCGGGCAGGGUGCAGGGCCGUGCUGCGCCAGCCGCGGAGGACCCCAGCGUUACCCCGGCCUGCGCCAGGCGGACCGCCAGCUGCGAACUGAGCGCUGCUUUUCCAUAGCCUACAGCCGUGAGUGGUUCGUGAGGUCAAGCAUGAAAACGUGAAGCGUGCUGCUGAUUGGUAUGACGGAUUUUCAUUUCAAAGUCAGUUUACACUUUCCACAGUACUCGGUAACAGGCAGACUCACAUUAAACAUCGUCCAGAACACUGUCAAGAUUGUCACUUUCAGUGCUUGAUAAGAAACUUGAAAUAAAACAACGUUCCUAACUGGA